GGGAGGGCUCAGGUCACGGGGCCGGAAGUGGAGGCAGCGCAGGGAGAAGCAGCAUUGGACAGCUUCCCCGGCGUGGGGACCGGGCUGUGAUCUGCAUGUGAAAGGGAUCCCCGGAGCACAGAGCACGGCUGCUCGGGGUCUUGGAGAUGGCUAGUACAGCAACUGAAAAUUCAGAGCCAGUCCAAGAUUGUAAAGAAGUACGAAUUCCCAAAGUGGAUGGCGAUUAUCCACUCAAAGUACUUUACUGCGGAGUGUGUUCACUGCCAACAGAGUACUGUGAAUACAUGCCUGAUGUGCCAAAGUGCAGGCAAUGGCUAGAGAAGAAUUUCCCAAACGAAUUUGCUAAACUUACAUUAGGAAGCUCCCCUCAACAGGAAAUUUCUGGUGAGGGGUCAGGUCCAAUUGGUGAAGAGGAGGAGAAGAAAAAACAAAAAAGAGGAGGAAGAGGUCAGAUUAAACAGAAGAAAAAGACUGUACCUCAAAAGGUUUCAAUAGCCAAAAUCCCCAGGGCAAAGAAGAAAUACGUAACAAGGGUAUGCGGGCUAGCGACAUUUGAAAUUGAUCUCAAGGAAGCACAAAGAUUCUUUGCUCAGAAAUUCUCCUGCGGUGCCUCAGUGACAGGAGAAGAUGAAAUUAUUAUUCAGGGAGACUUCACAGAUGAUAUUAUUGAUGUAAUCCAGGAAAAGUGGCCAGAGGUUGAUGAUGACAGCAUUGAUGAUCUCGGAGAGGUGAAGAAGUAACAUAACAUCGUGCCUGUAAUGUCCUAGACUAUAUAGCCAAAGUGAGAGGAUUCUCAGAGCUUUGUGUGUCCUCGGUCAAGCUGCACCACCUUGUUACACCACUGUAGAUGCUACUUUUUGGUUUUAUUAUUAAAUGCAAAACUUAAAGUAACCAGUUCGCUCAUGCAAGCGCAUGAUAUGUGUUUAGAGUAAUAAAAAUGGUUUUGGUCAUUA